AUGGAGUGCGAAAUACCAGACACGAAGCUGAAGAUAGAAAGGAUGCAAGGAGCAAAAGUGUCCACAGUAAUAGACCUGAAAGAUGGUUACUUCCAAAUAAAGCUAAGGGAAGAGGACAGACACAAAACAGCAUUCAGGCUGAUGGGAAGAACAUGCGAAUUUUGCAGUAUGCCGAUGGGAUACAUGAAUGCACCGGUGAUAUUCCAGAAGAUGAGGGACGAAGUACUAGAAGACCUGAGAGAGAAGAACAAAGCAGCAGUGCAUGGACGAGAUAGCAGUCUACACAAAGACAGAAGAAGAGCACAUGGAAGCAGUGAACGAAGUAAUGAAAAGACUGAAGAAAAACAACCCGAGAAGAACAUUAAGAACACGAGAGUGUGCAGACCGGAAGUAAAAUACUCGGAGUGA